CAAAUACUAAAACACUGAGGCCGAAGGGGCUAACAUAUGAUUGAAUCGUAGCGAUCGAUUCCAAUUUUCUUUGCGCUGUCUUCUAGUUCGGAAACAUGGAGAUAUAGAGAUGGAUUUAACUCCGUGAAUCCCAGAAAGUUUCCUCUUGAUUUGAAAAGCCCUAAUCCAAGAUGAUAGCAUUGAGAGCUUUUGUGCCUCUGACAUUAAAGCCUCGUUUUUCAUAUACAACUCCGCACCAUCAUCGAAUCCAUUUCUUCAAAUCCCCAUUAAAGGUCAGAACAUAUGCUCAAAAUGGUGGCAGCGACGAGUCUACUAGUGGUGGAAGCAGAACGGUUAGUAGCGAUGAUGGUAAUGGUUCCAAGAAAGACCAGUUUGGUGGUUUCAGUUUCAAGUGGGGCGAGCUGUUGAACCCGGAUCAAGAUAACUUUGUGGCUGUCGCGUUAGCCGGGGUGUUGACUUGGGCUAGCCUUCAAGUCUUGUCUCAGCUUUUCUUCAUCUCUUUCGCCAUCCUUGUCGCUGCUCUCAAGUAUUCAUUUAUAGCUGCACUUCUCAUUUUCAUUCUCGUCACUCUCCUCUAGCUUAUGCUUUGUUUACUGGUUGAUUGAAUACAUAACUCUUGAUACUGGUAAAAUUUGUACCAACAGCGUUACAGAUUGCACUUUGUUAUUGUGAUCUUGAACCAUUAAUACAUCAGUACAGCGACAUGAAUGUACACUUGGGCUUUGGUAUAAACGUAUGAAUUUUCUUGCA